AUGCCCUGGGAGCCCAUCAAGACCAACGACGGCCGCCUGAUACCGAGCAUCGCGUUUGGUACAUGGACGCUGGGCAAAGGGCAGGAUCCUAUCGACCAAGUCGAACAGGGCAUCUCCGUAGGUUUCAACCAUAUUGAUACCGCUCAACUUUACAAAAAUGAGGAAGAGGUCGGCAAAGCGAUUCGCGAGAGCGGGCUCGCCCGUGAUGAACUUUGGGUAACGACCAAGUUCUCGAGCACUGAAACCGAUGAUGUUGAGGUCGCAAUCAGGAACUCCCUUCGCUACCUUGGGCUUGAUUAUGUGGACCUGUACCUCGUGCACUGGCCAAGGAUUGCGAAGCCCGAUAUUCCCACAUUCUGGGCUAAGAUGGAGAAGAUUCACGCGCAAGGCCUCGCAAAGAGUAUCGGGGUGAGUAACUUCGACGUCCCAAGCCUUGAAAUCCUUCUCGCUUCGGCCAAAGUCAAGCCAGUCGCCAAUCAGAUUCGGCUUCACCCGUACUUGUACGCGGAGCAGAGGCCAACAAUGGACCUCUGCGCGAAGCAUGGCAUCAUCAUCGAGGCGUACAGCGCACUCAUCCCCAUCACAAAACAACCUGGCGGACCUCUCGACGCGCCGAUGAACGCCAUUGCCGCACGACUCGGGGCCUCCCCGGACCAGGUCCUGCUUGCCUGGGUCAAAGCCAAGGGCGCGAUCUCCGUGACGACGAGCUCAAAGAAAUAUCGCCUCGAAGGCUACCUUAAUGCCGGCGACAUCACACUUACUUCACAGGAUGUUGCGGCUCUCGAUGCCGCUGGUGCUGCUCAGAAUGCUUGGAUCGGACGUGCUAAGGCUGUAGGGUUCGCUGGGUGGCGCAUCGCGCAAGUCUUUGCGACUAUGCUCGCGGCUUACAAGCUCGCGGAGAUGUUCAUGUUGUAG